CCCUGUGUGUCAGUUUUGUUUGGAUGUGUCUUAUUCAGGGCUGGGAUGGGUCAGCUGGGAACCUAAAGUCAUGCUUUGCUCACUUAAAAAAAAAAAAAAAAGGCCUGGAGGCAAAGGACUUGGGAAUCUAAGUGGGAAAACUCCUCCUACCGAAGAUAAACAGGUAUAUAACCCCAUGAAAGAGUAGCUAAGACAACACUAUCAAUCCUGGGUGCUAUAGAUGUUUUACUUUGGAAAAAAUUCGGAGCACCAAGGCUGGGAUGGCUCCAGAGCAUUUAUGGCCGGUGGUCCUUGUGGCUCUAUUCGUCACGCCCAUCCAGUCUCUGAACUGUGUUUAUCUGGAUAACACCACCUUGGAAAGUGUGAAACUUCUGGGCAGCAUUAUCCGCUCUCCCCUAAAAUGUCUAAAAGAAAUCAAGGAUUUUGAGUUCCCUAAAGAAAUUCUUCCACACAUCCAGCACGUGGAAAGGGACAUGAAGGAGGCCUUCUAUCUUAUAUCGAUUCAGGCACUAAAUAUUUUCAGUCAGAAUAGCUACAUCUCCCCUACAACAAGGGAGCGGCUACAGCACAUCAGAAUGGGACUGUUUGAGCAAGUGCAGCAAGCGCUAGACUGCUUUAUGGAUGAGGAGAAAAAGAACAAGGAGGAGGAUAAUAAGACGGAACAACCCCGACCAAAGUACCCCCAGAGGGUCUACCUGGAAUUGAGCAAGUAUUUCAUCAAAAUCAACAAGUUCCUGGGGGAUAAGAAAUACAGUUUCUGUGCCUGGGAGAUUGUCGGAGCAGAAGUGAGAAGAUGUUUCAUGAUAUUUUACAACUUCAAAAGACUACUCAAAAUACAAUCAGAGUCAUCCACCUUCAGGCAAGAACUUAGAUAGAAACUGACUGCUCAGACACACUCAGGAACCCUCUAUGCUACGGCUAUCACCAGCAUGCGGCUAAACUCUUCAGACUCAAGACUUUCCAAGUGCAAGGGUCAAGACAGUAUACUCAAAGAAAGUCCUAUGGCAAAACGAAGGACAAAUUUCAGUGGAAAAGUUAGAAGAAAUGUUAAAUUAAAAAUAACAAAAAAAGUUGUAGAUUAUGGCAUUUAGGUUACCAGUCAAAGAACCAGAUAAUAAAACUAGU